AACAAACACACGAUCAUUCUUCCGAUUUGUGUCUUCUGGUUCUGAAUUUCAUGCAUUUAUUUCGCUCGUGCUGAAAUCGCAAAACCAUUAAUUCAGUGACCAUUGACUUUACCUCGAGCGAUAUUUCUUAAUCUGAUCCCUUGACUUUUCAGAGUUGCUGACAUGGGGAACGCAGGCAGCAAUGCAAGAGAGCGUCACAAGUCAGGUGACAUGCAUGCUCCCUCAUCACCGGGUAAAGAUGGUGGACAGGCUUUUACAUUUGACAAGAAGCCUAACAGUAAAUUAGUGUACUUAUCAUCAACAGAAGAAGAGGAGCAGCCAUAUUACACCAAAUCAAAUACAAAUUCUUCCUCAUUGCAGAAUCCCAAAGAUCAAGUAGGUGAUGGAGAAUUCUCUAUACAACCUGCAAGGCCUCGCUCUAACACUAUAAGUGAAGGUAGCAAAAUAGAGGAACCACCAGGAGAGAAAGUUCUGCCAACAGUUUUUAAAUGGGAUGGUGGUGGAAAGCAAGUGUUUAUCAGUGGGACGUUUACUGAAUGGAAAGUUAUCCCAAUGGUGAAAAGCCAUGGUGACUUUGUCACUAUUAUUGAUUUACCUGAAGGAGAGCAUCAGUACAAAUUUAUGGUUGAUGGAGAAUGGAAGCAUGACCCAGCUGUGAAAAUAAUAGAAAACGGUGUAGGCACAAAAAACAAUAUGGUGUCAGUGAAGGGCUCUGACUUUGAAGUGUUUCAAGCCCUUGCCAAAGACAGUGAGAGUGUCAGCCAGACCCAGCAAACUGAGUAUUGUCAAGAAAUUCCUCAAAACAAACCUUGGGAGAAAGUACCAGGGCCACCCAUCUUGCCCCCUCAUCUCCUUCAAGUCAUUUUAAAUAAAGAUACGCCCUUAUCCUGCGAACCAACUUUACUUCCGGAGCCUAAUCAUGUCAUGUUAAAUCACCUAUAUGCACUUUCAAUUAAGGAUGGUGUUAUGGUUUUAUCUGCCACUCAUAGAUAUCGUAAGAAGUAUGUCACUACUCUCCUUUACAAACCUAUUUGAAUAGCUUUGGGAUUCUUAAGCCUGCUGUGGAAAAGAAUAUUUAUGCACUCUGUUGAACAGCCAAUUGAAUAUCUGUUUUUGUAAAACCAUUGAAAAUACUAUUGGGUCUAACAGUACUGGUAUAUCCCCAACAAUGAAUGUCUGAGGUUUGAGUCAAAGUAACGGGAAGGCAAACAGUGGGAUCAAAAUUAUUGAAUUUGAUUUAGACUCGAUUCUUGUUGUUGGUAGUUAAUGUUCUACAAACACUGUUAUAUGGAUCAUUUUAAAGAGAAAUGUUUUCAAUUUAGUGAAGGGAUUUACACUUCUAAGCCAAAAUAUCUUAGGCUUAAUCCCAAUAGCUUUUUUUCCAGUUUUCAUUUGCAUCGUAUUGUUUAAGGUCUUUUAGUUAAAUGUGCUCUUGUUAUUGUUUUGUUAAUUUUGUUGUCCGGCAUGGCGUGAUGGAAGGUCCUGUGCCAUUUUCAGUAUGUCAUUUGCUUGUUUUGAAACUUGUUUUACAAAAUGUUAAAGCUUUGUAAAUUGGGAUGGGCCUAACAAAAGAGGGUCAUGAUAAGUGGUUUAUUUUUUAAAUGAAUUUUAGCUGCCUUCUUCAUCUAGACUAUUACAUAUGCAUAUAUUUAGAUUUAUUAAAUUUGGUCAUUUUGAGGGUCCAAGCUGCUGGGUUUUAUUCUGUAUAACUGUACCUCUUAAACAACGUUAAAGUUUGUUCCUUAUGCUAAUUUUUUGUACAGCUAUGGGUUGUUUUAUUAAACAAUUUAAACCCUUAUCCAAAGAAAACUUAAGGAGAGGAGCCAUUUUGGACAAAUGUUUUUCACUGGCUCUCAUUUGCAUUUAUUGUGAACGCCUUUCAAAAAUUUUGUGAGCUUGAAGACAAGCUAUUGACUAUUCCACGUUACCUCCUCUUCAUAACUUUUAUUCAUUUGGUGAUUUUCAUUUUAACUAAUCCACUUUAUCAAAACAGUCUUGAGAUCUGAAGGAAUAUGAUUACUUUGUUGUGAGAACUGUUAAAAUUAUUGUCAAGGACACUAAUGAUCUGAUACAAAAGUCAAUCUCUUAGAUGAGGUUUGUGUUUUAAAACAAUGAAUGGUUCUCAUGGGAAAAUCUUUCUGUCUUUGUGUGCAUGAGUGAGUGGAAGUUCAAGGGAUAAUGUCUUUCCCUAGUCAUAAACUUUGUGAUGUGCUGCAGUAAUGUGCAAAGCUUGUCGCAAAGCUGCUUUUAUAGAAUUGUAUUUUAUUUACAAUAAUUGUCUUUGUUUGCCUCGUAACUGGGACCACUUUUCAUUGUUAAUUAUCUGACUUCGGAGAAUUCUAAAUCUGGAUAUGCUUCAUUAGUUUUGACUUGACAUCCAUUGUGCUUAGUGAGAUUUUUAGUGGAAGGGGGGGGGGGGGCUUUAGAAUGCAUUCAUGUUUUCUUAGCACAUGCCUUUAAAUUGAAAAAGUAAGUCAGUAUUUGUGUCUCCUUUAAUCAUUGGCUUGGCUUGUAGCAGUGUGUUCGAAUCAUUUUCUGUAACUUAUCAUAUAUGAAAUCAGGUAUGUACCUUACCAACGUUUUAUGUCCAUUUAAUUUUGACCUUAAAGGGGUUUUCUUCUUUGUUUUAAGUGAAGUAGGGAGGAAACAAAACACUUGCAUAACUUGGGCAUAUUAAGUACUUACGGUAUAUCUGACUAGACAUUGGGCAGCUCCUGAACACAAGUCUUGCAUAGUCCUCCAUUUCACCAAACUUAAUGUAUUUUGAGUGUAAUGGGUAAUUUUCAAGUAUUCUUGCCAAUUUCCCAUGGAAUUUCAUUGUUUAUAUUGGUCAGCCACUUGGCAGAUCAGAAAGAUUUGCUUGCAUGUGCUGAAUGUUCAAUUGUAUGUGAUAUGUAUGUAAUGAUCGUCAUAGAUGAAUAAACAUUUCUUUUAAGGCCAAAUGAAAA